GCGGGCGUGCGGAGCGGCUGGCUGAGCUCGGCCGGCUAGCAGGGGCCAUGGCGGGCGUGGUGGACUUCCAGGACGAGGAGCAGGUGAAGUCCUUCCUGGAGAACUUGGAGGUGGAGUGCAACUACCAGUGCUACCGCGAGAAGGACCCCGACGGAUGCUAUCGCCUGGUGGACUAUUUGGAAGGGAUCCAGAAGAAUUUUGAGGAGGCUGCCAAGGUGCUAAAGUUCAACUGUGAAGAGAACAAACACAGCGAUAGCUGCUACAAACUGGGGGCCUAUUAUGUGACGGGGAAAGGUGGACUAACCCAGGACCUGAAAGCUGCCUCCAGUUGCUUUCUGAUGGCGUGUGAGAAGCCUGGAAAGAAGUCUGUGGAGGCAUGUCACAAUGUCGGUCUCCUGGCACAUGAUGGACAGGUCAAUGAGGACGGCCAGCCUGACCUGGAGAAGGCUAGAGACUACUACACAAGGGCCUGUGAAGGCCACUAUGCCUCCAGCUGCUUCAAUCUCAGUGCCAUGUUCCUGCAGGGUGCCCCUGGCUUUCCCAAGGACAUGGGCCUGGCAUGUAAAUACUCAAUGAAAGCCUGUGACCUGGGCCAUGUCUGGGCCUGUGCCAAUGCCAGCCGCAUGUACAGGCUAGGGGAUGGUGUAGAUAAAGAUGAGGCCAAGGCCGAGGUACUAAAAGAUCGGGCCCGGCAGCUGCACAAAGAACAGCAGAAAAAUGUCCAGCCUUUGACCUUUGGGUAGUGUGGGCUAUAUUUCUAGGCAACAGACCGCUUGAGGCUGGCACCUCCUAUGUCUUCUGCAGCCCUUGAAGGUUAACCUGCUGGAGCAGGAGGAAGACUUGGGACUUAAUGUCAGUAGCUCUGGUUACAGAAGACCCAUUGCCCCAGAGUGUCACCUACUGGGUUGUAGCCUAAAAUGUUUAUUUCAGUCAGUAUGCUUUUUCUCCGUUGUGUUCUGUGAAGACACACACAUUUAUGGGAUUUUCACUCUCAAAGUCUUACAGCUCAGUGAGAAACAGCAACCUAGAGAGCCAUAGAGAUUGUGGGGAGUAUGGAGGGGAGAAAAAGCUGGAAGUUGGAAAAAUCAGCAGCCACUGGUGCCUGAGGGAAUCAGAUGUUAGUAUUAUUAUUUUAGUUGGGAGGGCUUGAAAAUCAAAGUAUCUUGGUUUACAUAAAUAGAGGGCUUGAGGCGCUAAGAACAAGUCAAAUAGUCACGACUGCCACCCUCUGGCUUCUGUAAUCAUUGGUGUCGGCUUCCUUUUUGCCUUUAGUCAGAUCCUCAGUAAAUUCAUAGAGAUUGGGAGGGAUGUGCAACAUAAAAGUUAGCGGUCGUUUGUGUCAGGAUUGCCAAAGAGGAUGAAAUACAAGCCUUCCCUUAGUUUUGCAAUUUGCAGCUGACGGCAUCUCCAGUCCACUUCCCCUGGCAUUGCUCAUCAACCUGAAGGAUGAUUCUCAAGGCAGCUUCCACUAGGGAUUUGUAAGCAAGGGUUUUGUGACACAUUUUGUCCCUUGGAACUGAGCCUUUUUAACUGUCCCUGUGAAUAAACUAUUUUGAUCGAUUA